AUGUUUUCCCUAGCGCAACGUUUUCAGGUUGUAUCUAAUAAGGCCAUGUCAUGGUCUCUGGUUACAAUGGCGUUUGUCAUUGUAACUUCAUGGAUCCAGCUUCUACAUGAUAACGUGUUCUCAUUGGACUCUUCCAUUGCAAACAUAAUGCCGACAGUGAGAGUGCGGAGUAGUCGGUACUUUGGAUCGUCGAAUGGGAAGCCUAAGGAGAACGUGCGUUUGGAGUUUGAUUUGGAUGCCGAUCUUGCGCCACUCUUUAACUGGAAUACGAAACAGGUAUUUGUGUACCUAACGGCUGAGUAUAACGAGCCUGAUGGGCUGGGCGGUAAUGUGGUGACCUUCUGGGAUCAUAUUAUCCAAGACAAGGCUAAAUCCAAGGUUACAUUACGCGCGGCCAAAUCAAAGUACUCUGUUUGGGACGCUACAGAUCGACUAUCCGAGAAAGAACUAUCUUUCAAGCUUCAUUGGAACAUACAGCCUUGGGUCGGGCCAUUGGCGUAUGGAGAAACGGCUGGUGAACAUGUAAUUACGAUCCAAAGACCAGAGGAGGGCCAUGCCAAGAGCAACAAAACGAAGAAGGCACGCAGGCAUGCCAAUCAGCGCGCGAAGAAUGCCUAG